GAGGGAGGGAGGGAGGGAGGGCGACGCGUCGGUUGCCAUGGAGACGCGGCCUCAAGCAGCGACGCCACUCGCAGGUCUCGCCGACGGACGCGGUGUGACAGCGACGGUGACCGUGUGUGUGCGUGUGUGGGUGUGUGGGUGUGUGUGUGACCGAGGCUUCACCCCCUUCCUCUCAGCCACUCGUCUUGACAUUUUGCCCGAGAACAUGCCCGCAAAAGCACUCAAGAAAAGAAAAUCAAAGACAGAGUCAGAAACUCCUGGAUUCAUUAAAGUGAACAUCAUCUUCCCCAAUGAAGAUAGAUAUGAUGGUGAAUGCAUAAAAUCUGAAGAUGGUAUCGUGGAGAGAAAUGGGACUGGAAUUCAUACAACCCCAAGUGGCAUUGUCUACACAGGAAACUGGAAAAAUGACAAGAUGGAUGGUUUUGGAAAACUAGAGCAUGCCUCCGGUGCAAUCUAUGAAGGAGAAUUUAAAGACAACAUGUUCCAUGGUACUGGAAUCUACACUUGGCCAAAUGGUUUAAAGUACAUUGGAAAGUUUAAUGAGAAUAAGAUGGAGGGAGAAGGGGAGUUCAUAGAUUUAGAUGAUCAUCAUUGGAUUGGUAUGUUCCAUUUCAGAGCUGCACCAGGGCUGAAGUUAAAAAUGAACAUAUAAUUGUGUGAAUGGGACUGAUUUCCACAAAAUAAAUGUAGAAUGUGGGUGUUUUCCUUCAGUUCCUAUGAAGUGUUUCUGUAUAAAAGUAUCAGUAAAAGAAUAUACUGUAUAUUA